GGAAUAUGGAAAACAGUCUUUCUUAGUGAAGGAAGAUUCUCCCUACUGAAAUCCAGAUACACACCGUGGAAAAUUCAAGAUUUGUGAUGAUGAAACUGAGGGCCAGAAAAGUUAACCCAAGACUAUACAAGUAAUAAACAGAAAAGCAGAGAUUUGAAUCCAGGAUUCCAAGGCCAGGAUUGUUUUCAUGACCCCAGACUAUUAUUCUGAAAAGUCCUUCCAGGCUAUCCGGUCCAGUAGUAUCAAUGAAGAUGCCAGCAGCAGUUAAAACAACCCUGGAAGGUCUAGUAACAGAUACUAACAUCCUGGGUAGGCCAUUACCUGAAUUGAAAAAGAAGGAAAAAAAGAAGAAAAGAAGGGAUUUGCAGAUGCCUGCAUGUUUCAGGAAGAUGUCCCAAGAAACAGCUAAAACUUUCCCUCACACGAAACAAGUUGGGACUUAUCUGGUGGGGAAAAUGAUCAACCAGGGCUCUUUUGCCAAAGUGAUGGAGGGACUGCAUCUCCCCACAGGUGAAAAGGUCGCUAUUAAAGUCAUCGACAAGAAGAAAGCCCAGCAGGACUCUUAUAUUUUAAAGAACAUGAAGCGUGAGCCCCGCAUUCAGCAGAUGGUCAAGCACCCUCACAUCGUUCAGUUGUACGAAACCCUAGAGACAGAAAACUCUUAUUACAUGGUCAUGGAGCUGUGCCUGGGUGGGGAUCUCCUGGACAAGAUCUGUGACCAAAAGAAACUGGAUGAAAGGGAAGUAAGGAGGUUCACCAGGCAGAUCAUGUCAGCCGUCGGCCACCUGCACCACCAUGGCAUCGUCCACAGGGACUUGAAAGUUGAAAAUUUUCUUUUAGAUGAAAACAACAAUAUCAAGAUUGUGGACUUUGGCUUGAGCAACAUUAUGAAACUGGAGGGUCUUUCUCAGGAGCUGUUAAACACUCAGUGUGGAAGCCCAGCCUAUGCUGCCCCGGAACUGGUGGCUCAUAAGAAAUAUGGUCCAAAGGUGGAUGUCUGGUCCAUCUUUGAUGGUCAUUCUCUUGACAGAGGGGUUAGUAUGUUCGCUAUGCUCACGGGCACGUUGCCAUUUACUGUGGAACCAUUCAACAUCAAGCAGCUUCAUCAGAAGAUGGUGAAUGGGGAAAUCAGCUCUGUUCCAGAUGACAUCUCUUCUGGAGCUGUGCAUUUCAUGCACUCCUUACUGGAGCCUGACCCAGCCAAGCGGCCUGCCAUUAAAGAAGCAAUGAAAGACAAAUGGCUGAAUGAAGGAUGGAACAGGAAACCACUAAGUUCUAUUACAUAUAAGAACAGGCUCCAUCCUGAGGAUCUUAACUCCACAGUUCUGAACUACAUGGCAAACACCAUGGAACCUGGUCUCUCGGAAAUUAUCAGUGUGCUGAUAAACAACAAGCCAUCUUCCAUCAUGGCAUCCUACAGCUUGCUGCUGAAGAAACUAGUGAAGUCUCAAAGGGAGCAUAAAAACCUGAAGAAAAACCACAUGCUCUCAAGACAUGAUAACAAAUUUCCCAAAACCAUGAAUCCAAAUCCAGAAGGAGAAACUCGGAGUCUGCAAGAGACCAAAGCAGCCACACUUGGAGCCUUCAAGAAGGUGAUGACAAGACUCUUCUCUCUGCACAACACCCAACAGUGCUAGACAUCAUUCAGGAAGAUGAAAUUGCUGUAACUUUGGAAAACCAAGAAAAUUUUCUGGCAGUUUCUACUUUUUCAGAGAGAGAGCAGAGUGAUCUUGAACUCCCUACAUCUGCAAAUAGAAGAGGUUCAGAUGAGUCAAGAAAUCAGCCAUAUUUAGAUCUCCCCCUGAAUAUUGAUGGUCCCAGAGGCUCACCUAAAGCCCAGAUACCAUAUGUUUUUGAAGUGCCACCUCUGGGGUUAGAGACUCACUCCACAAAAUUACCAAAACCGAAGUCUUAUUUAUCAGCAGCAUCCUGUAUAGGCAAGGGUGAGGGGUGGAGCCCCACACUUCCUCAAGACACAAGACUUAAAGACCUCCUGAGACGCAAGGAUGAAAAUAUUCCAAACCCAACAUGGCAGCCCCAAGAAAAGGGGAGUGCUAAUUCAUCAAUGACUACAUCUCCACAGCUUUCACCCUUACCUAGGCUUAGACACAUGCCCUUGAAGAAGGGUCUUUCAAAGAAAACUUAUUGGAUGAAAACACCUCAGCAAGCGUCAAGCGCAUCCCCUCUGCUUCUGGUCAACAGUUCCAGACCUCCUGUGGUCCCCAUGUCUCAGCAGCAGAUGUCCCUGAGAAGAAAUUUGAGGCAAUGUAAGGAGAAGCCAAGAAUCCUUUCUAACCACAAUAAGAAUAGUAGAAACAUAGCAGACCACAAGACUGCUCAAAAAGUGACAGAUCUGAAUCUCCCGGUGUUAUCAACCCCCUGUCAGACUUGUCCGGAUAAAACGUCCGAGUUCCUAAAAUCAGAUUUUGCACAAACCAAAUAAGUUGCAUUUGUGGAGCUAAAAAUAAAGCAGUGUGGGGUUAGCUGCAACUUUUUUACACCCAUGUUCAACAAGCAAAGGAUCAUUUGGGGUCAGGAGCCAAAACUGUACAAAAUAAAAGCUAUGGCUUCGACCUGAGAAGAUCACAACUUUGAGUUCUGUGCUUGUGACCUAAUGUGCCUUACACCUUUUUAUAUGUAAUAUGGGAAGUGGUAGUCCAGAGCUGGAAGUAUAAAUUUGGAAAUGAGCCUAGUUCUAAUUUUUAUUUCUAGAAUUAAUUGUGGUAUAUUUAACAUAGCUAUAUAUUUGCUUUAAAAGUUCUGCCUAUUUAUGAGAAAUUAGCCAUUCCCCAGGGACUCCCAGAGGCAUUUUAAUGUAUACCUCAUAAUUUCAUAGUAAAAUCUUUCUUCAGUUAAAAAACUCAUAUUUUUGAAUGCCUACUUUGUUCAUGGCAUCAUGCUUGGCAUAGUGUCUCAGGACUGGGGAUAUACAUUAAAAAUUCAUAUAUGGAUCUGUUUUCAUCACAGUAAAGAGCAUAGGCUCACUAAAUAGCAUCGUUAUGAGUCCCCUGAUCACCAUUUCUGUCUUUGUCCAAAUAGUUCAGUCAUUGGUUAUCCCACCAAAUUUUGGGCCUUACGAUUGGAUAUUUGUGAUCCAAUCUGCUAUAUGAACCAUAUAUUUAUUAACUACCACCCUGGCUGCGCCCAAAACUUUUUGUGUGAUACAUAGCCUCUGACUUUCUGUGGCACUCCUUGUCCUGUAGACAGGCUUUGUUUGUUUUAUAUAGAUAGCUUUGAUGUGUAGAUUAUUGCAGACAUUAAUGUGGGAUUAAGCCUUUCUGCUGCAAUUUUACCAGGCAUCUCCUUAUUAAUCUUCAUUGAUCCUUAUUCUUGUAUAGAUGAAGCCAAAAUUAAUCUAAUCUACUUUCAUGAAAUGUCCAUGCCGUAGUAUUGAUUAGGUCCGUGACCAAAGCAUACGUAUUACACUGCCCGCACUCUGGGAGUUACAAAAUUAUUAAGACAGUCCCUAACCUAAUACAGGAAGAACUAAUAUAAUUAUAAUGUAGAGAUUUGCAAACUUUAUAUACUUACGGCUCCAUUUUCUCAAAAUUGUCACACCUCUCACACUUUUCACAAAAAAAAACCCUAUCAAAUAAUUUGCUCAGCUCAAAUUUUAUUCAAAUAAAGUUUAAACUUUAUUACAAUUUUUAACACAAACUUUAAACAUAGAACAAAAAUAACAGCUAUGGAUAUGUAUUAAUUGAUCAAACAUUUUAUAAUUCAUCUUUAGACCUAUUAAAAUAAUCAUAACAAUAGUAUGAAUAGAAUGGGUGAGUUUUUUUGGUAAAAAAUUUCUUAUAACAUGGUGUCAUUGAGGAUAUUGACAUUCAUAACUUUGUACCACUAAGCAAAAUCAGUAUUUUUGUCUUUAUAAUCACUAUAGCUGAAAAAAAUCUAUUUCAUACAGAUAACAUUAUGAAUUACAAAUUUGUAUUCAUUUUUUAAAAACAGGUUUCUUUAUUCACCUCUGAUCAUAUAUAAUAAAAAGUUCAGCUUUUAACAAUUGUAUCAUCAUACAUUUACAUGACAAGUCUGUUAACUACUCUUCAAUAUGUUUGACACAUUGGUUUGUCAUCUAGUCAUAUUUAGACAUUUCUAGGUCUUUAACAUGAAAUUAGGAUUUCUUCUUUUUUUUAGCUGGCAAGUUUUUUUUUAAUUGAGAAACACAUCAAACAUAUUAUUUUGUAAUUUUGUUAUCAAUAGCUCUUAACUUUUAAAAAAAUGCAGUCACUUAAUUUUUCUAAAUCAGCAUUUGAAGAUAUUGUGUUGACCUACUUAGAGCACUCAUUUCAAAAAUAUUCACAAAAGUUUCCCAAGAAUCUCAACUAAAAUUUUAAGAGGAAAAUUUUAUGAAAUGAAUUUGCUUCAUAUUCAUUUUUACAUUAAGGAAACUGAAAUUUAUGCUUUUAGUACAACAUCCUCCAGAGUACUUUGAUAUAAGGAAGUAUGUGUGUUUCGCAAUAAGGCAAAACAAAAAAUUUUUAAAGAAAAAAGAAAAAGUUCUCUGUGCUCCUCUCCCAUAUCAUCACACAAGUUUGCAAAGAGCCUUCCUUUUUAAUUGACUGUUUUAUAAAGUUAAUUACUUCUUAUAAUCAAAUUGUAACUUAAAAAUUAUCUAUGCCUACUCUUUCAUAUUUCUCAAUAUAAGCAAUUUUAAAGCAUGGAAUAUGGCAAAAUUACAUGAGGGACCACAUUUUUAACUACUGCUUGUAGAUCUGCUUUUCACCUUGACAUUGACUGAACUCUGUCAAUUUAAUCUCACAUUACAGCAUUGUUGUUUUCAAAAUCCAUCAAUUAUCUAGAAUUUUUCUUGACAUGGCAUUAUCUUCAAUAGAUUUCCAACAUAACAAACCAUAUCCAAUAAUAGUUUCAACAACAUGUCAGAAAACCAUCUUUAACUAUAUCUGUCGUUUCAUCCACUUUCAACACAAACUAGAAAAAUUGUGCUUCUCAAUUUAUUGAUGGUGAAGGUCUUCAAACAUUUGGGUAAUUCUGUUCUCCUGAAUAUUAUCUGAAGGUAGAACCUUUCAAGACUAUUUUACUUAUAAUUCACCAAUCAUCAUUUCUACUAUAGCAAUAGCUGCAGAAAGCACUGCUAUUUCUUCUAUUGAACAAGACAUAUUACAGUUAGAAAUUCUUUAUGUACUCACACAGUGCAAGCAGUCCUUUUUUCUAGACUUUUUUUUCAAGUUUGUUUUUGCUUCCUAAAAGCAUUUAAUUUUCUCAGGAAAGGUUAUCUUGUCUUAUAUGUAUUCUGCAAAUGCAGUUUCAAGAUACCGUUUCAAUUCCUUCAUUCUGAUGCUAUUUGUGGUUAAUGUAAUCAUACAAAGAAAAUAGCAGUUUUUCCUCUCCAUCAAUAAUAGCAAUUGUGAAUCUCAGUGAUAGUAGAUCAGAUUUUCUGUAUUUGGCCUUUCUAGUUUGUGUUUCUGUAUUUCCACCACUAUAAUUGUUCCCAUUGUCUUUACUUAUAGUUGUUUCAUAUAUGUCAGUGGAUUUUAUCUUCAAACAAUUUGUAUUUAUCCAUCACAAAGGGAUAUUAUUUUGCUUUUUAAACAG